AUGAAUGCAUUUCCAUUAACAAGCGACAAGGUGAAUGAGUGCAUCAGAGGAUUUGAGGUUCUCGGUUUUCCACAAUGUUUAGGUGCAAUGGGGUGGUACUCGAUUGUUUUGUUUGCCCUCGUAGAUUAUAGAUACCGUUUUCUUUAUAUAAAUGUUGGGUAUCCUGGAAGAGUCAAUGACUCUUUUAUUUUUGAAAAUUCAUCACUUAAGAGCCAGUUAGAAAAUUGUGUUGCUUUAGAAGACAAAAGUAGGGUGAUUAAUGGUGUCAAAAUACCCGUAUUGAUCCUAGGUGAUUCUGCAUUUCGAUUUUCCACCAAAGUUAUGAAACCAUACCCUUAUGAUGAAAACGCUAGCAUUGGUCAAAAAACUUUUAACUACCAAUUAUCUAAAUGUCGAAGAGUGGUUGAAAAUGCUUUUGGGCAGCUUAAGGCAAGGUUUCGCAGAAUAGGGAAGGGCAUUGACAACAAAAUCGAAAACGUGAACAGCAUAAUACGAUCCUGCUGUGUUCUUCACAACUUUUUAAAUGAAAAAAAUGAUGUAGUGGAAAAAAGUUGGGUACGUGCUCUGAAAAAACAACAUCUGGUUUCAGAACGACAACAACCAGAAGAAGUUUCAGUAUUAAAUGACGGCGAUCUAAAUGCAGAACAAAUAAGACGAUGUUUAGCUACAUUUUUUAGUGUUUCAGAAUCUUCCGACGUAGAUAUUGGAUCUAUCGGUGGAGAAGAGCAUGGCGACAGCAACGAUGUAUCAUUUGAUGACGGGGCCUGGUCUGAUAUAUAAACACAUUCAUUAUUUUGAAAAACUUAAACAAAUUUGUGAAAACUCACCUGCAAUACUUUCAAACACUAAAUUUGUAGUUAUGUAUGGGCAAAUUGCCUAAAAAUCUCUUCAAUAUAUGGAAGUACUUCCAAUCGGAUGGCGCCCCUCCCGAAACUCCAACACACUGCUGUUCUUUCCUGAUUUAAAAUAAACAAAC